UCACAACCGACGUUAGUUAGCUACACAGAAGAGAGACUCCAACUAAGCCGUUUUUAUUUCUAUGGAGACUGUAGUGGAGUCAGACAGUGAGGAGCAGGACAGAGGUGGAGAGACAGAAGAGGAGGAGGAGGAUGACCGAGAGCCGAUGAAGAUGGAGAAAAGUGUUUCAGCUUUUCAGGAGCUUCACCUGAAGGUGGACGAGCUGUGUCCAGAGUCCUACAGGGUUAACUCCCCCGACCAGAUCCGACUGCUGGCCAUCGCCGACAACUUCCAGCGUCAGUAUUCACUCCUGUAUCCCGACCGCAAACCCCUGCUGCUCUGCCCGGUCAACGAAUGUGGAGUCAAGAAGUUUGUGUCCAUGACUCUCCGGCCCACACCGACAGUCUUCCCCGAACUCUUCGCCUGGGAGGGAUGCGCCUCCUUCGUGGCUGACUUCCUGUCUCUGGACCCUUUGGAGCCACCUGUGGAUCUGCCAAGGUAUUUGUUCUCCUCCAGCUCAGUGCUGCAGAAUCAGAGUGCCACAUGUUUUGAAUCCGCCACCCUGCUGUGCAGCCUGCUGCUCGGCAACCACUACGACGCUUACUGUGUCAGCGGCUACGCUGUGAGAGAGAUGUGUCUGAUGGACCGCAGCCUGCAGGAGUGCCCCCUGCUGGACACUCAGGUCAAGGGCAAGAUCUCAGAGGAGGAGCCGCAGGAGAAUAAAUACACAGUGAAACCUCUGAGGGAGAUGAAGAGUCGCUUUCUGACGCAGCUAGAGAAGAAGAAACAGGAGGCAGAGGCCGCGUUGCUUCACAAACAAAAACUACAGGAGGAGACUGAGCAGCCACCUGCUGACCCCCUGCGAGGUCUGCGGGUGCACUGCUGGGUGUUGGUGCUGUCAGGGAGUCGCAGCGUCAGGGAGAACUUCUUCAUCGACCCCCUGUCCGGGAACAGCUACCCCAGUGAAGAUGUCAACUUCCUGGGCAUCGAGAGCGUGUGGAACAAUCUCAACUACUACGUCAACAUGCAAGACUGCAGGGACGGCUGCGCUGAUAUGGUGUAUGACCUGGAAGAUAUGAAACUAUGGGAGCCGGUCCUGUACGGUGCCACAAGCAAAAAGCAGCUGAUUCUUGAAGUCUCGAAGAAAAAGAUAAUGAGCAAAUACACCAAUAAUGACGAGGACGAGCAGCAGCUCCGAGUGUUUGAGAUGCCACGCUCCUGGGUCAGUUACGUCAAUAUCUCAAAAAAAGACCUGGAGAGCCGUUGGCCGGGGAGACAGGAGGUGAUCCGCUACAGAAAAGCAAAACUGGAGAAGUUUGCAGUUUAUCUGAGUCAAGACGGCCUGGUCACACGGCUGACUAGAUACAAAGACCUGGACUGCACUGAAGUGGUCAUGGUGAGAGAGUUGUAUCAUCAGAGAAACGACCACCUGGUGGAGAGGGAGAUCAACGAGGUGGACAAAUUCACCACAGAGCGCUUCAGACGUGGAAGACCUUUCCACCUUUUAUUUCACAGGUACACAUCCAAUAGCACCGACACGGAGCGUGAGAUGGAGUUCAGCAGUGACCGUGGUGAAGAUCUGCUGAGGAGGGUGGAGUCAUCGGAUGAAAUGACGGAGUCCUUCGAGGGCCGCAGGGACUUCCUCUACUGCCGGCACGUUGUUUUCAAACCACAGAUUAAGCUUUCACGAGAAGAUUUGGAAAGCCAUCUGAAAGUCAGAGAAAUAGAGAAAAUUGUGGAGCGUUUCCGCAGGGACAGAGCGAAGCCAGCCAGCGAAGACGUGGCGGAGCGAGUGUUCCUGUUGAAUGAAAGACGUAUCGAGUUGACCUAUCACCUCGAGGAUCACAGAUUCAUCCCUUCAAAGAGAAGCUUCAUCAAACCUCGAGAGGCGACAGACAAAGAGAAGGCAGAGGCCUUCAGACUCGACAUGGUCUCCAGCUUCCAGGUGGAUCCAUCUGAGAAGCCUCUAAAGACUCUGACUCUGUACCAGAUGCUGAUGUCUCUGAUGAAGGGCGAGGAGGAGGUGGUUCUGCAAGUCAGGAAUUCUAAGAAAGAGGUGCAAGAAAUCGUGGACUGCAGAGAGCAGGAAGAGGAAGACCUCCAUCUUCACCUCUCCCCCUGGACCACAAGCGGAGUGACCCAGGCCCGCAGCCAGAGAGAGGAAAUGGAGCGUCUGGAUGCGGAGGAGCGCCGGUGGAUUAAGGAGAAGGAGAAGGACGUCCUGGCUCCUCUCCUCCUCCGGCUGAACGACACAGAGACUCUGAGCGCAGGAGACGCCAAGCAGAUCCACCAAGACUGUUUGUCCGGGUUCAAACAGAGACUGGUGGAGCAAGCCAACCUCAUUCAGGAACGCUAUGAGAAGGAGACUCAGGAGCUGCAGAGGAAGCAGCAGUCGUUCCAGAAGAACCAGCUCCACAUGACGAAGGGCCAGGAGAAGGAUUACCAGACCUACUGUACCGAGAAAAUACUACGAAUAAACGUCGCCAAGAAACGCCUGAAAAUGCACAAGGAAGCAGCUCCUCACAAGUACAAAGCUCUGGAUCAGAGGCUGAAGCGAGACCCUCGACUGGCGCCUCACCUGCUUUACUGAGCCAGGCGUCUUUUAAAUUACUAUAUGAACAAACCUUCCAUUCAGAAAAUAGUUUAGAAAUCCUCCUUCGCACAUGCCUAUUUUUACUUAUUUUUCCUUUGUUGUUAAUCUUUACAAACUGCUUACAAAUGUUGUGAAAAUGAACCUGCUUAACAUGUUAUCUUUGUUAUCUUAACAUAAAGUCUGCGGCAGCUAAGGGGAUCCAUCUACUUUUCAGAAAAUAAAGUUCAGAAACAGAAAA